AAUAAACAAUAAUAUCAUAAUGCGACGCUCGAACGUUAAGGUAGUCAUACUCUGUAAUCUGUGAUUUGGAAGCAAUUAUCUAUUAGUUUAGUCGUGCAUUAAAAAUUGCAAUUAUACAUCAAUGAAAUUAAAUGAAAAAACUAAACAUUAAAUAUGAUUAUCGCAUUUUUCACAACGGGAAUAUGUAAUAAUUGUGUGAACAAUUUAUUAGUCUUCAGUUUGUUUGUGUUCGUAAUGAAUAGUGAACUAUAAUUGCCGUUCUUAAUUAAUAAUUAAUAGCGUAUUAGAACAAAACUUUUAUAAAAUGACUACCUAUCAAGUGGCUGAACUCGUAUCUGGAUUAAAGUCUCGCCAUGCAGACACCCGACAUAAAGCUAUACGAGAGUUACUGCACUUUGCCAGAACAGAUCUUCGUGAGAUGUCCCAGGACUCAUUGUCACAAGUUCUGGAUGACUUUAAUCAACAAAUACACGCAAUGACUUCUAGCUACGAUAUGAAUGAGAAAAAAGCAGGAAUACUGACAAUAGUAUGCCUUAUUGGUGGAGAUACAGAGACAACUAAGACAAGAACCCUUCGCUACGCUGAUUACUUAAGAAAUAUUUUUCCUACAACAGAUGUGAAUGUUCUAGAAUUAGCAGCAAAAACCAUGGGUCGCUUAGCUAUGACUUUAGGAGUUAAAAGAGGUGAUUAUGUUGAGUAUGAAGUAAAGAGAGCUUUUGAGUGGUUAAAAGAUGAUAGAAAUGAAGGCAAAAGGUUUUCAGCUGUCUUAAUUCUGAGAGAAUUAGCAAUUGCCAUGCCUUCAUACUUUUAUCAGCAUAUAAAUGGAUUUUUCAAUCACAUAAUGUUAGCUUUGAGAGAUCCCAAAGAUCAAGUUAGAGAGGCAGCAGCUAAAGCUUUAAGAGCUGCUCUUGUUGUCACUGCACAAAGGGAAAUACCUGAACAGAGUAAUAAAGCUCACUGGUAUAUCCAAUGUUAUGAAGAAGCCAUUGCAACCUUUAAGAAUAGAGAUGAUAGUAUUCAUACAGCAUUGUUAAUUUUAAAUGAACUUUUGAGAUGUUCCAAUAGUACUUGGGAGAAAAAAUAUACAACACUAAUGCAGAAAUUAGAUUCCGAACAAGAUAUGUCUGAUGAUAUGUCUUCUCUAAGUGCCAAAAUGCAAAAUUCAUGGUCUGUACAUAAUUUUUCUGAAGAGAAACAAGUUUCCACAAUUCAUGAAUCUAGUAUUUGUAAACUCCUCAUUACUGAGAAUUAUGACUCUAUGUGUAAUAUUAUAUGUGCUGAUAUAAUGACUCAACAAGUAUCAAGAGCUCAUAAUGUUCAUCAAAUGCUUUUGCUCAUAAUUCCUAGGUUGGCUGCUUUUAACAGGGAAGCAUUUGCAAGGAAACACCUUAAAUCAAUCAUUAACCAUUUAAUAACUUUUCUUCAUGGUAAGGAGAAAGAAAAGGCAAUGGCUUUUACAACUUUGGGACUUAUUUGUGUCGCUGUUGAGGCUGAUAUUCAACAGUAUUUAAGCAGAAUCAUAGAAAUUAUAAAAUUAACACUACCUAUCAAAGACUCAUCAAAGAAACGUAAUGGAAUAGACACCCCUUUGUUUAACUGUGUGACAUUAUUAGGCUUUGCUAUGAAAGAAAAUGUUGCUAAUGAAAUGAGAGAAUUAUUGGAACCAAUGUGUGCAACAGGACUAAGCCCACAACUCACUACAUGUUUUAAGGAAUUAAGUCAAAAUUUACCAUCUUUAAGGAAAGAAAUAACUGACAGACUUUUGAAUAUGUUGUCACUAAUACUCAGAAAAAAACCAUAUAAUCCAAAUAAUUCUGAACAUCAGAUUAUGCACAUCAUGUCUACGGCUUUGAUGGUAGAAGCACAUGAUGCUACAAAGUUGGUCUUAGCCCUGAGAACUCUGGGUUCAUUUGAUUUUGAGUGGAACAAUACCCUAAUGUCUUUCAUAAGAAGGUGCACCGAUCAUUAUCUAUUAAGUGAACAGCAUGACGUACGUCUGGAAGCUGUAAAAACUGCAGCAAGAUUAUUAAUUAAAGCAGUUGAGCGAUGUUCUCAGACAAAUUCUAGAACUCUAAACUUGUUAGUAGAUGAAUCUCUUGGCAAACUUUUGUCAGUGGGUAGAUCAGAUUUUGAUCAUGAAGUUCGGUAUAGAGUUUUAGAAAUAUUUACCAAUCCUAUUUUUGAUAAAUACUUAGCAGUGGAAGAACAUUUAAAUUGUUUAUUUGUUGCCAUUCAUGAUUCAAAUACUGAAGUGGGUGAUCUAGCAUUAUGUGUUGUUGGAAGAUUAAGUAACAUGAAUCCUAGUUAUACUACACCUACCCUUCGACAAUUAUUUGUACAAAUUUUAAUGGAAUUGCAACACUCGGAGUCUACAGGUAAUAAGGAACAGUCUUUGAGAAUGAUAAACAAUAUAAUUUGUCAUGCUCCAAGAAUUACUAGACAAUUUAUUGACACAAUUCUUAAAGUGCUUGUACCAAAAUUAAGGGAAGAGGAGAGUAAUACCACUAUGGUGUCAACAAUAUUAAAAGCUAUUGGAGAUUUGGCUGAAGUAAAUGGUGGUGGAAAUGCUCUGAGUCUAUGGCUACAUGAAUUAAUGGCGAUUCAAAUUGAAAUACUCUCAGAUCCUAAUCAACCUGAAAAAAGAAGUGUAGCUUUAUGGUCAUUUGGACAGGUGAUAAGUGCCACAGGUCAUGUGAUUAUGCCAUACAUGGAAUAUCCACAAUUGAUGGAUUUGCUGCUUAAUUUUUUAAAAUCAGAACAGCAAUCGAGGGAUCGAAGGGAAACAAUACGAGUUUUAGGACUCUUGGGUGCUCUAGAUCCAUAUAAGCACAAGGUUAAUCAAGGAUUAAUCGAUUUCCAGACAGUGUCCACUUUGAUACCUAUCACAGAAAGGAAUGACAACUUUGAUACAAAUGUUAGUGAAAUGCUCGUAAACAUGUCGCCAUUGGUCCUAGACGAGUUUUAUCCUGCCAUCGUGGUAACGUCACUGGUGAGAAUUCUCCGUGACCCCUUAUUAGCUCAGUACCACACAAGUGUAGUACAUUCAGUAACAAUUAUUUUCCAAUCACUUGGCAUCAAGUCUGUUCCAUACAUUUCUCGAGUUACUCCCAGUUUAUUGUAUGUGAUACGUAAUACUGACAAUAAUAAAUUCCGUGAAUUCCUCCUCACGCAACUCGCUCAGUUGAUUUCUGUAGUGAAGAUACAUAUCAGAACUUAUUUAGAAGAUAUAUUUGAUAUUAUCAAAGAGUAUUGGAAACCAGAUAGUCAUUUACAACCCACAUUAAUAAUGCUGGUUGAACACAUCACUGUUGCUAUCGGGAUUGAGUUUAAAAUAUAUUUGAGAAAAAUACUACCAAACAUUCUUAGAGUUUUAAAAUAUGAUAGAACUAAAGAUAGAUAUUUAACAGAAAAGAUGUUGUUGACUAUACAAAAGUUUGAAAACAAUUUGGAUGAUGUACUAUUGUCAAUAGUUCCUGCUAUUACUGGGCUCUUUGAUGGUAGAAAUAUUCCUACCCCGAUAUCAAAAUUGGCGAUGGAGACUAUCAAGCACCUAUCUAUGUAUUUGUACUUUAGGCCAUAUGCUGCGAUUAUAAUACAGGCGCUUGCUAAGGUUUUAGACAAUAACCCUUUAUUAAGACAGACAGCAAUGAACACUCUUUGCGCUCUCAUUGUCCAGUUAGGCCGGGAAUACAUUGAUUAUAUACCAUCGAUUGAUCGUAUACUGGCAAAGCAUAAAAUACAAUGUCCAGAGUACAUUGUAUUAGUUACAAGAUUACAGGUCGUAUCAACACUUGCAUCUGAUGAUGACUACCUAGAUGAAACGCGCACAAGGCUUCGUAAUCAAAAGAAUGCAUUGCUGGGUAAAACAAGCGAUACACAAACAAUUCAAAAGUUAUCAGUCAACGUUCAAAAUUUACGUAAGUGUUGGUCUACAAAGAGUAUCAUCUCGAAAGAAGAUUGGGUCGAAUGGUUGCGUCAUCUUAGUGUGGGCUUUAUAACCGAGUCCAAUAGUCCAGCAAUUAGGGCAUGUUCAACAUUAGCCCAAAACUACUCUCAACUGGCACGCGACUUGUUCAAUCCAGCAUUUAUGUCUUGUUGGACCGAACUAGGCGAGGAACCUCGGCGGGAACUCAUAACUGCCCUGGAGCGUGCCUUAACUGAUCCCGAUUCACCUGAAAUAGCAUUGGCUGUUUUGAACUUAGCCGAGUUCAUGGAGCAUUGUGAAAAGGGGGCACUUCCUAUAUCAAUUAAAUUACUUGGUGAUACAGCCAUCAAAUGUAGAGCAUAUGCUAAAGCACUGUACUACAAGGAGACAGAAUACAGAAGAAACCCAUCAACUCUAGUCGUGGAAGCUCUUAUACAUAUUAACAAUAAACUUCAGCAAAAAGAGGCAGCUAAUGGCCUAUUAGAAAAAGUUAUUAUGCAACAAAAAGAUGGUGACUGUUCUCUAAAUAUUCAUGUGCGGUGGUAUGAAAAGCUUCAUAAUUGGGAACAAGCUUUAGAUCUCUACAAUAAAAAAUUAGAAGUGGAACCACAAGAUAGCGAAUGUAAACUUGGUUUAAUGAGGUGCUUAGAAGCUAUGGGCGAGUGGCGAAAGCUAUACAACAUUACAAUUGAUCAGUGGGAUAAUAUGUCUGAAGAUAUGAGAAAAAAGUCGUCAAAAAUUGCUGCCGCCGCCUGUUGGGGUUUACAAGAAUGGGAUUCUAUGAAAAAGUUUGUUGAUUGUGUCUCAGAAGACACUCAAGAAGGUGCUUUUUAUAGAGCGAUUAUCGCUAUACGCGAAGGACAGUGGUCAGAAUCAAGGCACUACAUAGAUUCAGCUAGAAGUUUAUUGGAUAGUGAAUUGACAGCUGUUGUUGGCGAAAGUUACCAGAGAGCGUACGGAGCUCUCGUCAACGCUCAGUUAUUGACAGAGCUCGAAGAAGUUGUUACAUACAAACUAAUUGAAGAAAGGAGAAAUGUUAUCUGCAAAAGUUGGUGGUUAAGGUUACAAGGAGGUCAAAGACUUGUAGAAGAUUGGAGAAAAUUACUUCAAAUUCGUAGCCUAGUGUUAUCUCCACGAGAGGAUUUUCAAACAUGGCUAAAAUUUGCGUCUUUAUGUAGGAAAACUGGUGCUAUAAAUCAAGCCCGAAAAAUAAUAAUAUCCAUAUUAGGUUCUGAUCCUAUUACUAAUCCAGACAUACUGCUACGUAUUCAGGACCCACGUGUCGUCUUAGCGUACAGUAAAAAUUUGUGGGAGGCGAGUAACAAACGUUAUGCUUAUGAUGUUUUACAAAGAUUUGUGGACAAUUUUGAACCUGAUAACGAGGACCAUUGUAAGCUUUUAGCGCGUUGUCACUUAAAACUUGGUUCGUGGUGUGAGUCACUACAGGAAAUAAAUGAGUUGUCUAUACCAGAAAUAUUGAGGAAUUUUGCAGCUGCAACUAAUCUCGCACCGGAUUGGUAUAAAGCGUGCCAUGCGUGGGCUUGCAUGAAUUUCGAAACGGUAUUGUUUUAUAAACAGCAAGAUAACACAUCCGAAAGCAGUUUAGCGGGUGGUUCAGGAGAAAAGAAAGUGUCAAGAGCUGAUUUCAUAAAUACACAUACAAUACCAGCUAUUGAGGGAUUUUUUAAGUCUAUAAGUUUGUCUAAUGGUAGUGCACUACAGGAUACAUUGCGACUGCUAACUCUGUGGUUUGACCAUGGCCAUAAUACUGUCAUUUAUGACGCCUUGUUCGAAGGAAUCAGACAGAUUGACGUCAAAAUUUGGCUGCAAGUAAUACCGCAGUUGAUAGCAAGGAUAGAUUCACCGAGAAGUUUAGUUGCCAAGUUGGUGCAUAUUCUCCUUAUAGACAUAGGAAAGUUACAUCCGCAAGCUUUAGUUUAUCCAUUGACUGUCGCUACCAAAUCAUCAUUUAUUUCACGGAAGACUGCAGCAAACUAUAUCUUGAACACUAUGUGCACACACUCCCAGAAUUUAGUAAACGAAGCCGCUGUAAUAUCUGAAGAGUUAAUUAAAGUUGCAAUUCUAUGGCAUGAUCAGGUUUUCAUUGCACUUGAUGAAGCUUCUAGGCUAUAUUUCAGUGAAAAGGAUUACAGAGGUAUGUUCAAAACUUUAGACAAAAUGCACGCCAUGUUGAAUCGUCCCCCUGAAACAUUGAAGGAAGUGUCCUUCAUUCAAAUGUAUGGAAGGGACCUGCAAGAGGCGCAGCGUUGGUGUGAACUUUAUAAAGCUAUUGGCGAAGACAAGUAUUUGAACGAGGCCUGGGAUUUAUACUACCACGUGUUCAGACGUCUGCUAGCACAGUUCCGGUCACUCACCUCGCUAGAGUUGCAGUACGUCAGCAAGCGACUCCACAAUUGCAAGGAUUUCGAGCUCGCAGUGCCCGGCUCCUAUGUGCCUAAUGAAAAAAUUAUACGAAUAUCUACCAUACAUAGUCAUUUACAGGUUAUAAAAUCAAAACAGAGGCCGCGUCGGCUAACAAUUCAAGGAUCAGACGGCAAGCAAUACAUGUUCCUUCUGAAGGGCCACGAGGACCUCCGCCAGGACGAGCGGGUGAUGCAGCUGUUCGGCCUCGUCAACACGCUGUUACAGGCCGACACCAACACGUAUAGACACGAUCUUGCCAUACAGAGAUACGCUGUUAUACCGCUUUCGCCUAACUCGGGCCUCAUCGGCUGGGUUCCCCACUGUGAUACUCUCUACAAUCUUAUAAGUGACUACCGUGACAAAAAGUCCAACAAAAUGUCCUUGAAUACAGAGCAGCAAAUUAUGUUGCGAAUGGCAUCUGAUUAUCACAAGCUCUUGUUAAAACAUAAGGUGGAAGUAUUUGAGCACACAUUAUCGCAGACUCCUGGAAACGAUCUGGCUAGAUUACUGUGGCUUAAGAGUCCGUCAGCUGAGGCGUGGUUCGAGCGGCGUACCAAUUACACACGCUCUCUGGCUGUCAUGAGCAUGGUGGGGUACAUCCUCGGCCUUGGAGACAGGCACCCGUCCAAUAUCAUGUUGCAUCGGGUUACUGGCAAAGUCUUACACAUAGACUUUGGGGAUUGUUUUGAAGUGACGCAAACAAGAGAAAAGUUCCCUGAGAAAAUACCCUUCAGAUUGACACGAAUGUUAAUCAAUGCAAUGGAAGUCACUGGCAUUGAAGGCACGUAUCGUUUCACGUGCGAAUCUGUGAUGCAAGUGUUGCACAAACACAGAGACAGCGUGAUGGCCGUACUUGAGGCGUUUGUGUACGAUCCAUUACUGAACUGGCGGCUCGUCGACAACGAUUACCGUUCGCUCACAGAAUCGACCUUCUCCUCUGACAUCGACUCUUCGUAUACGCUUCCCAGCAGGAGCCGUAAUCACCUCCACUAUGAGUCCAUAGAGAUACCGCCCGAAGCGAAUCUAAACAAGCGAGCUCUCGCCAUUCUGAACAGAAUACGGGACAAACUCACCGGACGGGACUUUCCACAUGUGGAGGCAGUUGUGAGUGUACCCAAACAGGUGGACUUGUUGAUAAAAUUAGCGACUAAUAAUGAGAAUUUGUGUCAGUGCUACUUAGGAUGGUGUCCAUUUUGGUAAGACAUCGUCAAUCACCAAUCAGUGCUACUUACUUGAUUGGUUAUGUACUCAUUAUAAUAUUAUGUAAAGCUUUCUGAUAAGGGAGAUAUCCCUGUUUUCUGCCGUGAAUCAGUAAAAUGCGUUUGUUGUAUUUCAAUCUGAUAAUAUCGGAUAUAGAAAUGGUCAGCACAGUAUAUAUUAAUGUCUCUGCGGCGUUGCUUAAUGUUUAGUUUUGUUAUCGAUAAUUAUCACUUUCUACUCGUUGUGUCAUCCGCUUGACUGUUGAUACGAGAAAAUAAUAGUUAUAUUUAUAACUGAUUGUAUUUGACUGCCUAAAGUAUAUAUACCUAUUUUAGUUAUUUGUAUAAUAUUGUACAGAGUUCCUAUAUUGUAACAAAUUGAGAUACACUUGUUUCUCGUCAAUUUUUGAAAAUAACUGUGGUUUAAGAUUUGGGUUAUACAUACAUUGCUAAUGUUUUUUUUUUUCAUUGUGGCUUGGCACUUAUAUAUUUAUUACAAGUGAAUUUGGAAAACCGUAUGUAAUUAUUAUGUUGUAUAGAGGCAAUGUUAUUUAACUAUUAAGGCACAUAAUUCGAAUUCAGGGGGCAUAUUAUGAACUUUUAAAACCUGACAGUUUUACAGAUUUUGCUACUAGAAGUAUAAAUUAAGAACACCAAUCGAGAGAGAAAUAGGACAAGCUGUUCUAUGUAAAAAGUCUUAUUAUAUGGAUGAAAUUAUGACAUUUGAUGUUCUAUUUAAAAGUUUGUAAUAGGCCCCUAGGUCAUAAUGUAAUUUCAUUCGUUAAUUCUUAUUUAUAUAUAUUAUUUAUCUUGUUUGGACUUGAAUACACUAUCAUUGGAAAUGUUUUAAAUGUAUGACUGACAUUAUCAUAUAUUUCAAGCACUUAUGUUUUUUUAUGCAAUUUAAAAUGACAAAUACACUGACGAUCUACCUGAUGAAAAGUGGUAACCGUCACCUAUUUUGUCUAUGGUACUGUUUAGAUAUGAAAAGUACCAUAGACAAAAACAAUAAAUGUACAUAAAGAAUUUUUCUAUUAUGCUACUUAUUCACGCUAUGUAUUUUUUUUUUAAGUUUACUAUGUGUUUAAGAUUGUUUAUUAUUUAUUCAAUCUAUAAAAAAGAAUCUAUUGCUUAAAAUAAAAAAAGACUCAUAAUAUUUAUAAAAUUGUAUCUAUAGUUUAUGGUAAUAAUGAGUUUGAUGUUUAUAAAACCUAUUUCUUAAAAACUAACGUUCUCUAAAUUUACUUAUAUUACUUAAAAGAAAAAUACUACUCCAUUAUAAAUAAUAUUCAAACUUGUAUGUUCUAUUGUUUACGAACCAAAGUUAUAAUAUUGCUAAUUAUUUACGACGACGGACGCAACGAUACAACAGAUAUCAUUGUAUGACUUAAAAGUGUGACAUGCUUCUAUCUUCUAACAUUGAUUUAACAGUAUUUUAAUAUUAUAACAGCUUGUUUUUUAAUUUCAAAUGACUUAUUAUUUUGUAUAAUACAGAUAGGUAUAAAGAUAUCGUUUCUCUAUAUUAUAUAUAUAAAAAAAAAUACAUAAAAAUAAUACGCGUAAAAGUAAUUUAUUAGUUGCCGUCAUGUCUAUGUGUUUUUAUAUUCAUAGUUCUAAGUAUAUCAAUAUUGUUAUUACCACCGUAUCUUCUUAUUAGUUUGUUAUUAUUUAGGUAUGUAAGCAAAUGUAUUUUUUAUUAAAUUGUUGUGCAAAUAAAAAUAUAGCAUUAGCAGUAUUGUUCAUUUAUAAUUUCUCAUUAUAUUGGCUUGUUUUUGUAUAUUCGGGACAGAUAUAAAUGAUUUACAAUAAAAGUUUAAUUAUUGUGUUAUUCUUAAAGAAAACGUAACGUAACGAUCUUCGAAAAAAAACUUACUUUUGUUUCUCUUACAAUUAUAUUUUAGUAAUUUAAUAUAAUUUGUAAUUAUUAAAUACAUUCAUAUACAGCAGAUACACACAAAACACUUGAUUAGUGUCAAUGUGGUCGAUUUUGAGGAGCCAUUUUUCUAAAUGUACGAGGUCUGUCCGGAAAGUUCGUAUAAAAGUGUUCUGGAAUGCGAGAAAGAGGAGUGGGGAGGCCAGGUAAGCGCAGGACCCCUUCCUUAUGUCCCUAACAAUGCUUCAGUUCUGGUCUGACCGCCGUGCGGUGCGAACUGGCUUGUCACGCCAUCUGUGAAGUUACCUCUUAACGAAACCCCGUCGGCAUGGAGCCCGCUUCCGUUGAAGAGCAGCGCGUCGUAAUCAAGUUUCUCUCGAAACUCGGCAAGAAUGGCCGUGA